AGCUCUCUUCCGGGUCAGGUUCUUUGGGUGAAUCCUAGCAGGGAUCAUCAUGGCAGAUUUUGGAGAGAUCCUUCGGGCUGUUGGUGAUUUUGGACUCUUCCAAAAGCUUCUCUUAUUUGGGCUCUGCUUCCCACACCUGAUUAUACCUUUUCACCUUGCCAGUUUGAUCUUCCACCAGGCAGACACUGGUCACCAUUGUAACACAGAUUAGAUCUUGAGGAUAGACGCUAAUCUGUCCAUAGAAGAACAGCUGAAUCUGACUGUGCCUUGGCUUCAGGAUGGCUCUUUCAGCAGCUGUGAGAUGUUCAUCCUUGUAGACUGGGAUAUCAGUGCUAUAAGAGAGCAUGGCCUCAACGAAACCACCUCCUGCACCAGUGGCUGGGUGCAUUAUGAUUCAAUUUAUGAAUCAACCAUAAUCACUGAUUUUGAUCUUGUCUGUGAAAAUGGCAAUGCAGUUGGACUGGCACAAACUGUCUUCAUGGCUGGUAUUCUUGUCGGGUCGCUGCUGUUCGGUCCUUUUGUUGAAUCGUUUGGUCGCCAGCGAGCCACACAGAUACCUGUAGUGCUCAUGGUGAUUUUUACAGUGGUGACAGGUCUUUCUCCAAACUUCUAUAUGUAUCUUGUAUCCCAGUUUAUUGUUGGAAUUUCAUUUGGUGGAUAUCGGGUCAACUGCGUUGUACUUGCAACUGAAUGGAUUGGAGUCAAAAAGAGGUCUUAUGCAUCUUUUUUGACACAAGCACUGGGCGGUGUGGGACAGGCAAUCCUUGUGGGCAUUGUAUACUUUGUCCGGAACUGGAGAAUCGUCCAGUUCGUCAUAGCUGCCCUCACUGCUGUGGUGGCCUGUUACAUAUGGUUCAUUCCAGAGUCUGCUAGGUGGCUCCUGGAUCGAGGUAAAACUGAAGAGGCCAAAAAGCUGAUUCUCAAGGCAGCCGCAAUUAAUAAAUGCACAAUCCCUGACUCCAUACUGAAGAAGCUCACAAAUGAUAAGCCAAUAGAAAGAGGGGGAAUUAAAAGUCUCUUAGCCUCACCUGUUCUCAGGAGGUACUUCCUGUAUUUAACAUUUGGAUGGUGUGCAUUAAACCUGUCAUAUUACUGCCUUUCUCUGAACGUUGGCAAAUUUGGCCUCGAUAUAUUCGUUACACAACUCAUAUUUGGCCUGACAGAGGUGCCAGCUCAUUUAAUCUGUCUAUGGCUACUGGAAGCAGGAGGAAGGAAACUGGUCCUCAUGAGCACACUCCUCGUGAGAGGCUUUGUCUGUCUUCUGAUCCUCGCUGUUCCUCAAGGUAAAGUGGGUUCCACUAAAACUUGGAUAAACUUGGAAAACUGACCCAGGAUAAGGUACUAUCUCACAGUGCAGAGGUGUGUCUGUGAGUAUGGUAGUCCCAAAUGUAGCAACUGUGUAAAUGGGUGUAAGGGGAUGGAACUCUGU